UGUGACAGUCACUGCCAUACACUGCACUGAGAGAGAGAGAAAGUGUGAGAGAGCUAGAGAGAGAGAGUGAGAGAGAGAGAGAAUGAUGCCUGAAAAUGUAGGGGCCAGGAAAGCAUCUUUGCAAAUCAUCUUCCUUCAACUGAUGGGUUUCCAAUGGUGACGAGCCAGCAUUGCCUCAUCAGCCAGAGGAGAGAAGCUCAGACCUCUGCAGACACAGGUGGCUGCUACAGGAGUGGAGCUAGAACUGCUGCUGACACAGGUGUCUUUCCCCUGGGAUGUAGGAGUUCUCUUCCAUCUGUACAAAGACUGGAGAACUUCUCAGUGGAGCACUUCCAGAAACCACAGGCAGUCCUGAGGAGUCACUGGGGAUCAGUGUGGAUCUGUAGAAUUUCCCAGUUCAGCAAGCAUCUUUGGUGCAGGAGGAAGAUAGAAUGAUGACACCUCUUCAACACUGUGAAAGUGAUAUAAACAACAAUGGCUUGUAGGCACAGGUCCACAAUAAAAAUACAACUUUGUGCUUUUCUAACAGUUUCAUGACCUGAGGAGGACAUCAGACUGAAAGAAACCUGGGAAAUUGUAAUUGGUAACAUCCAACAUCUCUGCCACUGACGAAUGAUGUCCAAAGACAGUAAAUCUGAGGAAUAUUUUGAUUGAUUGUGAUGCCUGACAUCCUAAGAGAGAAAUGCCUUGGACUUCACAGAAAAAAUAAUGGGGGGAUAAAACGGGAUAAACGGGAGUUUCCAGCACCUGAACAUUCAAAGUGAAUUAUGGAAGAGUUUGUUCCAACGUGGAAUCCUGUCACAAACCACACAGCACUGAAUGACACAUCUAGCCUCUGGGAGCCUAUGCCUACAGCACCCAGCAUGCAACUGGGCACUCUGCCCAAUGCCCAGUCACGUCUCAAGGACCUAGUGGGGAUGAUCUUCAUGGUGACACUGAGCUUUGUGGCUCUCCUAGCCAACACCGCUGUGAUGGUAGUGAUCGUCAAAGCACCGCAUCUGAGGAAGUUUGGGUUUGUGGGCCACCUGUGUGUGGUGGACCUGCUUUGUGCCAUGCUGCUGAUGCCUCUGGGGAUUGUCACCAGCUCGCCAUACUUCGGCACAGUGGUAUUCACUGUACUGGAGUGCCAGGUUUACAUCUUCCUGAAUGUGUUCCUGAUCAGCUCCUCCAUCUUCACCAUCACUGCCAUCAGCGUUGAGAGGUACUACUACAUUGUGCAUCCCAUGAGGUACGAGGUCAAAAUGACGCUCAACCUUGCUGUUGGUGUGAUGGUCUUCAUUUGGGUGAAGUCCAUUUCGCUAGCCCUGGUAACCUUGUUUGGUUGGCCAGCAUAUGGGAACAAGAGCUCCAUCAGUGCAGCCCACUGCUCCCUGCACUGGAGUCACAGCAACUACAGGAAGAUCUUUGCCAUCAUAUUCACAGUGCUGUGCUUCUGCCUCCCAGCCCUGGUGAUCUUCACAGUGUACUGCCGGGUCUACAGGGUGGCCCGCAUGGCCGCGCGCCAACAGGGCCCGAUCCCGGCCUGGACCUCCAAACCCAAGCAUCGCUCAGACUCCAUCAACAGCCAGACCACCAUAAUCACCACCACCAGGAACGUGCCUCAGCACCAGCACCCGGAGAGGAUCUUUGGGGGCGGCAAGGCGGCAGUCACUCUGGUGGUGAUUGUGGGCCAGUUCCUGCUCUGCUGGCUGCCGUACUUCUCCUUCCACCUCCACUUCUCCCUGAACUCCUCACUGCGCAGCCCUGAGGAUGUGGAGGGCACCGUCACCUGGCUGGCCUACUCCUCCUUCACUGUCAACCCCUUCUUCUACGGGCUCUUGAAUCGGCAGAUCCGGGAGGAGCUGUGCAAGCUACGGCGGUGCUGCGGGGUUCGGCCUGUGGACCUGGCAGCCUCCAGCCACGAGGGCUCGGCCCCGGAGAACUUCCUCCAGUUCCUGCACAGGUCCAGCUGCACGGUUGAGACCCGAUCCAGCUGCCUCAACUCAAGCCCCCGGAACACGCUGGAACAAACGGUCCCAGGUUUCAGAAUCCCAGGGCAGAUCCCAGAGGAAUUCUGUUAAAAGUCCAGGUCAUGUCUGCUCUAUUGAGGCUGGCUCUGUCUCCUGCAGGAAUGACUGCAGGGUUACAGCUGGAAGAGGCAGCAUUCUAGAACUUGCUAAACAUGAACAUUCAUUCAGAUCAUUACACCAUUUUUUCAAAACUUCGACCCACCUGUUAAACAUGCCUUAAAUAUUUUGUAUAACUGACACUAAUGAAUGUUUUCGGUGGGUUGUUGAUCUGCGGUUUGGUUCAAAAUGUUAUUUGUUUUCUUUUUAUUUGUACUUAAUGGGCAGGUCAAAGUUAAAUUUGAAUGAAUGCCUGCAAUUGCUGAAAUGUUGAACAGCUUACAAAAAACAUGUAAUUGAGUACAGGGCAUUGCGCUGCAAAUAUUGUAAGAUUUUCAGUAUGGGUUACUGUGUAUGGCAUUAUAUACGCUAAAGAGAUUAAGUGUUUUAUUUCACUCUCCAUGUUUGCUAUACUGUACAGGGUUUUCGCCCAGGAAAAUAGUUAGUGGAAGAGGAUGUGCCUAAGCAGUGUUGGAGUGAAGUGGUGAGCCAUGGUAUUCACCUGGCAUAGCCCACACCUGACCGGGUGAAAACACGACUACACAAUGCCAAUUUUGCUAAAGAGCGCCAUGACUCCUUUUUUGUCCUUUCAUUGAAAUCAGAGUAUGAGUUUUAAUAGAUUUUUGCUAGUUAGAUCGUGAUUGCGGGUGUUCUCUCAAUUUGUCCUACCUUGUUGAAAUGUCCUACUGGUAGAAAAUGUAUUGUCAUCUAUCUAUUUGCUAUCCUGUCACAAAAUACUACAGAAAUGGUGCUACUUUAUUAGCCAAAAAUGUAUGUUACCUUUGUACCUUAUCAGAAAUAAGGCUCCAUUGAAUAAGGUUAAUAGAGCCUGAUAUGGCUUGUAGAGUAGCUUAUAUUAUAACUUAUGUUACACGCCAUCAUCACCUGACCUUUGCGUGCAAUGGUAGAGCUAGCUUAGUUGGCUAUCGAUAGCCAGAGACCUUGUUAAGGCAUGGCGCUCAUCAUACCUUGAAUUCAGACUUUUUUGUUAUUGAUUAAAAUAUAUGAAUAAAACUGAUAAAAUGUUGACUUUAAAUAAAACGGAAGUAUCUUCCUGAACCUAUGUGAAAAGUGGGUCCAGUAUCAUUUAUGGACAAAAACUCAUGAAUAAAUGGUUUCAGUUUCUGACAGACAAUGUUCCCCACAGGCUCUAUCCAGUGUCUGGCUGAACUAGACUUGACUAGUCUUGCUCUCUAAUGCUUGUGGAGGUGCUUGUGAAUUCAGCACUGGUGCCUUCCUAUUAAUACCAGAGGGAAACCAUGUUGUGUGUAAAAUGAAAUGUUCUCUUGCUCUUAUAAGACAUUUGUAUAAGAGAAAAAUAUAUUUCACUGAUAAUGGCACUAAGACAGCUGUUUGCACUUCUAAAAUCAAAUGUUAUCUUUUACUCACAAUGCACAUGUUAACUGCAUAAUAUAACUUCAUAAAAUGCAUCUAUUUUAAAAUACAUAUCUAGAAAAUACCAUAUAGCUGUUUCAAAUUAAGAAGAGUGUGUAAAUGUAAAAUGUAUAGAUUGUAAAUAAAAUAUUUAUCCUGCACAGUGCAAUGCAUUAUAUAAAAUAAACAAAACACAAAUUAUA